CCCCCAACAGCGUUGCAGAGGAUUACUGUCACCGCCGAGCCGCCGUAGCAAUGGGAGAAAAUAUGUCCAAGCGGCUGAAGUUGGUAUCAACUACAGAAGCAGAGAUGGAAGAGCGUUCUUUCCCUAACCAGUAUCCUGACUGGGAGCAGGGACUCGCUGUCUCGAACGCUGGAGCUGAGCUGGACUCUGACGAGCCGCUGGACGCUGAAGGAAAGGUUAAUGCAGCAUUUCUAAGGAAGGUCCAGAGUAAGAUCAAAGAUCUCCUCCAGCAGAUGGAAGAAGGCCUGAAGACUGCCGACCCCCAUGACUUCAGCACUUACACCGGCUGGACAGGCAUUGCCUUAUUGUACCUUCAGCUGCACCGUGUCUCCAGUGAGGCUUCCCACCUGCAGAGGGCAUUGGACUACGUGAAGAGGGCCAUGAGGAUUUUGAAUGGCCGCAAAGUGACUUUUCUGUGUGGCGAUGCAGGACCUCUGGCUGUUGGUGCUGUGGUAUACCACAAACUAAACAACAAUACAGAGAGUAAAGACUGUGUGUCCAGGCUUCUCCAGCUGCAACGCUCAGUCGUCAGUCCAGACAACGAGAUGCCUGAUGAACUGCUGUUUGGUCGGACUGGAUAUUUGUUUGCUCUGCUGUAUGUUAAUAAAGAAAUUGGGGCUGAUGCUGUGGAUGAGGCAACAAUUACCAAGUUUGAAUGUUUCUCUGUUGAGCCCGGAGCCAGGCUCCACCCAACCAUGCUGGCGGAGCUGGUCCGCCCCAGCAUUGACUACGUCCGCCACAAGAGGUUUCGAUCCGGGAACUUCCCAUCGUCGCUAAGCAACGAGAGUGACCGACUGGUACACUGGUGUCACGGAGCUCCGGGUGUCAUCCACAUGCUCAUUAUGGCCUACAAGGUGAGCCGCUCUGUCUAUCGCAAGCACAAUCCUGACUCCUCAUUGCUCUGUAGGAACAGUGUUGCAUGCUGUGUCAUUUCAUUAAUUUUAACUUCUGAAGCUUCUUCAGGCACUUUUACAGCUGAG